AUGGUCCCUUGGUGGGGUGAUGAUGGAACCGUUAUUUUCUUUUUGGGCUGUAAGAAGGUGGAUGAAAAGAUGGGCCAGAAAAAAUCUAAACCAGAUUCACAGGUGUCCAAAUCUCGCACCAUUUACCUCAACGAGCACCUUAAGAACAGAUUCUGCAAAAACUCCAUCAGCACAGCCAAGUACAGCUUGUGGUCAUUUCUCCCUCGAUAUCUGUAUGUGCAGUUUCGCAAAGCUGCCAAUGCUUUCUUCCUUUUCAUUGCUAUAUUGCAGCAAAUUUCAGAUGUCUCUCCAACAGGAAAAUAUACAACUGUGCUGCCUUUGACGAUUAUUCUUACGAUUUCAGGCAUCAAAGAAAUUAUAGAAGAUUAUCAACGACAUAAAGCAGACAAAUUAAUUAACAUAAAGAAAAUAGCAGUGUUACGACAUAAUACAUGGCAAAUGAUUAUGUGGAAAGAGGUAAGGGUGGGAGACAUUGUGAAGGCCAUCAAUGGGCAGUUCCUUCCUGCAGACAUGUUCUUGGUUUCUUCCAGUGAAUCGCAUUCAAUGUGUUAUAUUGCAACAUCUAAUCUAGAUGGAGAGACAAAUCUAAAGAUACGGCAGGCUUUGCCAGAAACAGCUAAAAUGCAAACGAAAAAACAAUUAUUAACCCUAUCUGGAAAAAUAGAAUGUGAAGGACCUAAUCGUCAUUUUGAUCGCUUUGUUGGAACCUUGUAUCUAACUGGUAAAAGCCCUGUUCCAAUCGGGCCUGACCAGGUCUUGCUAAGAGGUACACAACUUAAAAAUACUCAGUGGAUCUUUGGCGUAGUUGUUUAUACUGGAUUUGAAACCAAACUCAUGCAGAAUUCAGUCAGAACACCUCUCAAGAAAUCAAAUGUGGAGAAAGUGACCAACGUGCAGAUCCUGGUGCUGUUCAUCCUGCUGUUGGUCAUGUCCCUUGUGAGCUGUGCAGGAGCCGUGUUCUGGAAUGAUUCGUAUGGCAAAGAAAUCUGGUACAUCGAUAAGAAAGAUUUCACCUCCGGCAACUUUGCGUUUGACCUAUUGGUCUUCAUCAUCUUGUACCACAAUCUCAUUCCCAUUAGUCUGCUGGUGACCCUUGAAAUUGUGAAAUAUAUUCAAGGUCUGUUUAUAAACUGGGAUGAAGACAUGCACUUUAAAGAAAACAACCUCUAUGCCACAGCCAGAACGUCAAAUCUCAAUGAAGAGCUGGGGCAGGUAAAAUACGUAUUUUCUGAUAAAACGGGAACCCUCACAUGCAAUGUUAUGACAUUUAAGAAGUGUACCAUUGCAGGAAUAAUUUAUGGUAAUCACUCAGAAGCAAGUAAUCCUGAUUCAGAAAAUUUCAGUCAGUCACCUCCUUUCAUCACAGAUCAAUCUGAAUUUAACGACCCAGCACUGUUGAAGAACUUUGAGAAUGGGCAUCCCACAGAAGAAUAUAUCAAGGAAUUUCUUACCCUUUUAUGUGUGUGCCACACUGUUGUUCCUGAGAAACAUGGAAAUGACAUCAUUUACCAGGCCUCCUCUCCAGAUGAAGUGGCUUUAGUGAAAGCAGCAAAAAAACUUGGCUUUGUUUUCACUACAAGAACACCGUACUCUGUUAUCAUCGAAACUAUGGGAGAACAAUUCACAUUCGAAAUUCUCAGCAUCCUGGGGUUUUCCAGUAAUAGAAAAAGGAUGUCUGUAAUUGUCCGAACUCCUACAGGACAACUUCGGCUCUACUGCAAAGGGGCUGAUACAGUGAUUUAUGAGAGACUCUCAGAAGAAUCUUUGUUUGUGGAGGAGACAUUAACUCAUCUGGAAUAUUUUGCCUCAGAAGGUCUGAGAACUCUCUGUGUGGCUUAUACUGAUUUAACUGAGAAUGACUAUGAGGAAUGGCUGAAGGAGUAUAAAGAAGCUAGUAUGGUUUUAGAAGACAGAAGUAAAAGACUAGAAGAAUGUUAUGAUACCAUUGAAAAGGAAUUUAUGCUGCUUGGAGCCACAGCCAUUGAGGAUCGCCUUCAAGCACGUGUUCCAGAAACCAUAGCAACUUUACUGAAAGCAAACAUAAGAAUAUGGGUCUUGACAGGAGAUAAACAAGAAACUGCAAUUAACACAGCAUAUUCCUGCAAAUUGAUAUCAAGUCAAAUGCCUCGUAUUCAGUUGAAUGCACAUUCAUUGGAAGCUGCACAAAUAGCAAUUAAUCAAAACUGUGAAGAUCUUGGAGCCUUGUUGGGUCAAGAAAAUGACCUGGCCCUAAUCAUUGAUGGUGAAACAUUGAAGUAUGCCUUCCAUUUUGAAAUUAAGAGGAACUUCUUAAAUUUGGCCCUUUCAUGUAAAGCAGUAUUAUGUUGUAGGUUAUCUCCCCUCCAAAAGGCUGAAAUAGUGGACAUGGUCAAGAAGCAUGUAAGUGCGAUUACCCUCGCCGUGGGCGAUGGGGCCAAUGACGUGGGGAUGAUCCAGACUGCCCACGUAGGCGUGGGCAUCAGUGGGAACGAGGGCAUGCAGGCCACCAACAACUCAGACUACGCCAUUGCACAGUUUAGUUACUUGGAGAAGCUUCUAUUAGUUCAUGGAUCUUGGAAUUAUAUUCGAGUGACUAAAUGCAUAUUGUACUGUUUCUACAAGAAUGUGGUAUUGUAUGUUAUUGAGCUUUGGUUCGCCUUUGUUAAUGGAUUUUCUGGGCAGAUUCUAUUUGAUCGUUGGUGCAUCAGCUUGUACAAUGUGAUUUUCACUUCACUGCCACCUUUUACUCUGGGAAUUUUUGAACAGUGUUGCAGUCAGAAGAGCUUGCUCGAGUAUCCACAACUCUACUCAAUUUCUCAAGAUGAGAAAAUUUUUAAUACGAAGGUAUUCUGGAUUGAAUGUAUGAAUGCCUUGGUUCAUUCCUUCAUUCUCUUCUGGUUGCCCAAACAAAUGCUGACACAUGAUAUGGUCUUACAAAAUGGUUACACUACAGACUAUUUGUUUCUUGGAAAUUUUAUUUAUACGUAUGUAGUUGUUACGGUUUGUCUGAAAGCUGGUUUGGAGACACUGUCUUGGACCAUAUUCAGUCAUUUGGCAAUUUGGGGAAGCAUAAUAAUCUGGAUGGCAUUUUUUGCAAUAUACUCUUACUUCUGGCCCACCAUUCCUGUCGCUCCAGAUAUGAGAGGACAGAUCAGUAUGGUCCUGGUUUGUCCACACUUCUGGCUGGGUUUAUUCAUCGUCCCCAUUGCUUGCCUGAUUCAAAAUCUACUUUGGAAAUCGUAA